GGGGGUGUGCGAAUGUGCUGCGGGCUGGACUUUGCAACGGUGCCGGGGUGGGGGGAGCGUUUGUCGGCGGGGACCGCGGUUGUGUCUCGUUGCAAAGGGAGGGUGGGAGGGAUGCCGGGCUGCAUCGCCGCGCUGUGCCCGUUCCCAGCCGGCAUGUGCGGGCGGUGUGUCUGCGCCCGUGUCCCUCCAGCCUUCCCCCCUGCCUUCCCCCGCCGGGAGGCAGAGGGCGACGGGGCGCCCACGACAGAGGGGAGCCGGCACCAGCCGAGCCGGUUGCGGCAAAAAAUUGCGGUAGCGCCUGCACUCCUGGCCGGGCUCGCCGACCCGCCGCCAGCCCCGCGCAGCGCCCGCAGUGUGCCCGCCCGGCACCGGCCGGGGCCCCGGGGCUGAGGAAGGAGAGGGGACUCGAGCGUGGGCGAGGCAGGGUGGAAGGUCCCCCGGCGCAUCCUCCCCUCCUUGCGGCUCCCUCCAGCCCGAUUCUCCUCCCUCCAGCUGGCUCCUGCUUUCUCCACUUCCAUCCUGGCUCCCUCCUGCCAAGUCGGUGGCUUCCCACAGCAGGAAAUGAAAGGGACAAGUUGGGGAAUGGGGAAGAUUCUUUAUCUUUGUUCAGGAGCCUAAGGUUGCUUGCUGAUCACAAGAAGAUGUUUCUGUGGCUCUUUCUGGUUCUGUCAUCUCCAGUUUCUUCUACAACUGCAGAUGCUGAUAUAUCUGUGGAAAUUUGCAAUGUUUGCUCCUGUGUGUCGGUUGAGAAUGUACUCUAUGUCAACUGUGAGAAGGUUGCAGUCUACAGACCAAAUCAGCUUAAACCACCAUGGUCUAAUUUUUACCACCUCAACUUUCAAAACAACCUGCUAAUUAUUCUAUAUCCAAAUACCUUUCUUAAUUUUACACAUGCAGUGUCCUUGCAGCUGGGUAAUAAUAAGUUGCAGAACAUUGAGGGAGGGGCCUUUAUGGGUCUUAGUGCAUUAAAACAGUUGCACCUGAACAACAAUGAAUUAAAGAUUCUCCGAGCUGACACUUUCCUUGGCAUAGAGAACUUGGAGUAUCUCCAAGCUGACUACAAUUUAAUCAAGUUUAUUGAACGGGGAGCCUUCAAUAAGCUUCACAAGCUGAAAGUCCUGAUCCUUAAUGACAAUCUGAUUUCGUUCCUUCCCGAUAACAUUUUUCGAUUUGCUUCUCUAACCCAUCUGGAUAUACGAGGGAAUCGAAUACAGAAGCUUCCAUACAUUGGAGUUCUGGAACACAUUGGGCGAAUUGUUGAACUGCAGCUGGAAGACAACCCCUGGAAUUGUACUUGUGAUUUGUUGCCUUUGAAAGCGUGGCUGGAGAACAUGCCCUAUAACAUCUACAUUGGAGAAGCUAUCUGUGAAACCCCCAGUGACUUGUAUGGAAGGCUCCUGAAAGAAACCAACAAGCAAGAGCUGUGCUCCAUGGGGACGGGGAGUGAUUUUGACGUGCGCAUUCUGCCUCCGUUGCAGCUGGAGCCUGGUUACAGCACACCCAACGGCCACACCACUCAAACAUCAGUGCACAGAUUAGUCACCAAGCCUCCCAAGACUACAAAUCCUUCAAAGAUCUCGGGGAUAGUAGCAGGCAAAGCACUAUCUAAUCGCAAUCUCAGUCAAAUCGUAUUUUACCAGACCAGGGUGCCUCCUUUAACUCCUUGUCCAGUCCCCUGUGUUUGCAAAACACAUCCUUCAGACUUGGGAUUAAGUGUAAAUUGCCAAGAAAGAAAUAUAGAGUCAAUGGCUGAACUCGUACCAAAACCUUUAAAUGCCAAGAAACUGCAUGUAAACGGCAAUUAUAUUAAGGAUGUGGACACUACAGAUUUCGUUGAGUUUGAGGGGCUGGAUUUGCUACAUUUAGGCAGCAAUCGGAUUUCAGUGAUCAAAGGAGAAGUUUUCCGCAACCUUACAAAUUUACGGAGAUUGUAUCUCAAUGGCAAUCAGAUAGAGCGUCUGAGCCCAGAAAUGUUUGCUGGCCUCCACAACUUGCAGUAUCUGUAUUUGGAAUACAAUGUUAUCAAAGAAAUCCUAGCGGGCACCUUUGACUUAAUGCCAAAUUUGCAGUUGCUCUACCUGAACAACAAUCUUCUACGAAGCUUGCCAGCGUACAUUUUUGCUGGUGCACCACUUGCUAGACUGAAUCUGAGGAACAAUCAUUUCAUGUACUUACCUGUAAGUGGCGUUCUUGAUCAGCUAAAAUCUCUUACACAAAUUGAUCUGGAAGGUAAUCCAUGGGACUGCACUUGUGAUUUAGUUGCUUUAAAACUGUGGCUUGAAAAGCUAAAUGAAGGUAUUGUGGUGAAGGAAUUGAAAUGUGAAACACCUGUACAGUUUGCUAACAUUGAGCUUAAGUCUCUGAAAAAUGAGAUCCUCUGUCCUAAACUUUUAAAUAAGCCAUCUGCUCUGUUCACUAGUCCUAUGCCCGCUGUUACUUUUACGACACCGCUGGGACCAGUUCGGAGUCCUCCUGGUGGCCCAGUUCCGUUGUCCAUCCUAAUCUUAAGCAUAUUAGUUGUGCUUAUUUUAACAGUGUUUGUUGCUUUUUGUCUUCUUGUUUUUGUGCUUCGGCGCAACAAAAAACCAACUGUAAAGCAUGAAGGGAUUGGAAAUCAAGAAUGCAGUUCUAUGCAACUGCAGCUAAGAAAGCACGAUCACAAGUCAAACAAAAAAGAUGGACUAGGUGCAGAAGCCUUCAUUCCUCAAACCAUUGAGCAGAUGAGCAAAAGUCAUACCUGUGGCUUAAAAGAGUCUGAAACGGGCUUCACGUUUGCUGACCCACCAGGGCAAAAAGUCAUUCUGAGAAAUAUUAAUGACAAGGAGAAAGAUUUAUUGCAUGUGGAUACCAGAAAAAGACUUAGCACAAUCGAUGAACUGGAUGAGUUAUUCCCUGGGAGGGAUUCUAAUGUAUUUAUUCAAAACUUUCUUGAAAGUAAAAAAGAAUACAACAGCAUAGGGGUCAGUGGCUUUGAAAUACGUUAUCCAGAGAAACAACAGGACAAAAAAACCAAGAAAUCUCUAAUAGGUGGUAAUCAUAGUAAAAUUGUAGUAGAACAAAGAAAAAGUGAGUAUUUUGAACUAAAAGCUAAACUUCAAGGUUCACCUGACUACCUGCAAGUCCUUGAAGAACAAACAGCUUUGAAUAAAAUAUAGGUCAUGCAAUCUUAUUGCCUACAGAGGACAUUUAUUUAAUGAUGAAAGUGCCUUUUGUUGACUUUUAACUUCCAAAUACUAUAUUAUAUUGAUAGGCAUAGAGGCAGGUGUAUCCAAGGGUGUCUGAUUAACUGUAGCUGCAUAUGAUUUGUCAAGUAGAGGAGAAUUUCCUUAAUAGAUUUUACUCCAUAAAGCUCAUGCCCUGUGGAAUCCUGUAGGGAUACUGCAAACUCUAUUGCCAAAGGGAUGCUUUAUACACGUUACACUGAAUUUAACCUCAAGAGGCAUAUAUGUUUUGUACCUUAAAUGCAAAACCAUCGUCUCCUUGUGAUUUGUUAGAGCAAACACAAGAAACCUGGUACUGGUAUUUGUACCUCAGCUGGGUCCGUCAUCCUGCACGUGGAUUUAAGUUGGUGGAACUGGAGUAAUCCUUUGAUUUGUGGUGUUGUAAUGGCACUAUUUAAAGAUUAUCUGAAAAGUAACAAGCAUGCAAAGAGAGAACAUUCGAUAGUAUGUGUAAAUUGGUUACAUUUAUGGCCUGCAUCUUGAAACCACUGGAAUUAUAAUGUUAAAUUGUGCAAAUAUUUGUUUAAAAUAUACCAUGCAUUACAUACUAUGAAAUAAAUUUGACCACUUGAAGCAUACCUGUCUAUACAUAAAAUUAAAAAAAAAAAAGAAAGAAAAUAGUUCAGACUGACUUCUGCAGUAUUUGUGGCAUCUGAAGAAAAUAUUUGAUGUUUAUGCAGAAUCUGUUGUAAGACUCAUCUCCAAUUAAAACUAGAGUUCCUUCUCAGUUACGUGAAACACUUGCAACCCCAACAGGUUGUCCAAAAUUGUCAAAGUGCUUACUGUGUGAGCGUAGCAGAAAUUAUUUUUGUAAUAUAAUUCAUAUUUAUGAAAUACUUUGUAUACUAAAUAGGAAAAAUAUGUACUCCUUAAUAUGUAUUUAAUAUGCCUGACUUGUUUUCCUGAUCACAAUACAUUAAUCAUUCAGUAUAAAUAAAAACAGAACAAUAUACCAAACAGAAACUGGGGCUGUAAUGUGUAGAAUUAUCCAGAAUUAAGUGAUCAGAUAUAAUAAUAAUAAAAUUGUUCUGUACUAUUCUUGUGAAAUUAGCAUAUUAUCUUAUUUCAGAUUUGUUACCAAUGGUGCAUUUUAAAAUAGAUUCACUAGUUUUUUAGUAUUGUGUCUCAGGCAGUUAUUUGCCAUCAGUUGUCUUGCUUUUCAGGGUUCUACAGCUUAAUCUAAAUAGUUUUCACUACAAGUAUUUACAGGAAUUCAUGGUAAGGGUAAUAUUUUAAUUGUAUAUGCAUAAGUUUUCUGUUCUUAUUAUCUGUCUGGCUGCUGUCAGAAAAAAAAUGAUCAGAACAGUGAACAACAUGGCAAAUCAUGUCUAUUUAAAACCACAGUGUAAAAUGAAUAUAGUGGUCUCAGUUCAGAGUAUUGUGUCGCUCAUAUCUAGAGAGCGAAAACUUGCCUUUGUGAAAGCUGAAUCUGAAUAACUAGGAAAAAAAAAAUCAGGAGAAUGGAAAAUUCCCACUGUAUCUCACUGAUAGAUGGUAUCUUGAGAUGAAAAUGGAGAUAUAUUGGUAAAGCAUCAUACAGCAAAUCUAUACUAUGAGAUUAAGAAAAAUUCUUUGACUCGAAAAGGAAUUUUUUCAUUAAUUUCAAUGAGCUUUGGAUAAGGCCCUCUGUCUCCUUUGCUUCCAGAACCUUCCCUCCCACCUUUUAUAAUCAAUACAUAAAUCAAUUAAGAUUAGUAAGGUAGAAACAUGAAUGUUUUUCAUGAAUUUGGAACUAGCAAAUAUUACAGCAAGACCCAGUAAUAAUACUGUGGAGAAGGCUAUGUCAGCUAUUUCCAUUAUAAACCUCUAAUUUCAGGGCUUUAUGACACUGCUGUGAAAUUUUUAUUCUGGAAAGAUACUUGGCAAACAGCCUGCAGUAUAUUUUUAACUAAGUUUACCAAAAAAAAAAAAAAGGCACUUCUUGAUUUAAGAGAAAGCAAAAUAAGACAAAAUUUUCUACUUUCAGAUGGUUGUUUAUGCUCUUGUAACUUAGAAAGAGGGUUUUAUUAUUUUUCUCCAUUCUACAAAGUAUAUACAUAACUUCAGAUAAUAAAAUUAUAACAGAUAAAUUAACGGCUGAGUUUCUUUCAAAAAGCUGCUGCUGUCCGUGCACAAUAAUUGACUUUAUUCAGGAUGUAACAGGGAUUUUCAGGACAUGGAUACUACGUAUACGCAUUUCUAGCAUAAAAAGUUCUUGGUUGCCCAAUGAUGCAAUACAUGGCCAAGGCUUGAAUAAGAACAUUUGAGCUUAUUGCAUCAAGAGCCUGUGGAUUGAGGAGCGUUAGAGAUGCAAUGCCGCGAGAGACUAGAAUGGUUCCAUCAGUAGGCUGAGAGUGAUGGGUCACCGUGCCGGUUCCGCACAGUGCUGCGUGGCUGUGAGGAUGUGUCAAGAUUCACGGGGAUUUGCCAAAGCAUAAGGCAUCUAACACGCUUCAGUGCAUUGUCAGAGACUGUCAUGUCCCAUACCCUUCUCUCAAGAGGCGUGUGUUAAAAAUAUUAAAAAUAGCGAAUAAGCUAAUACUUUUAAGUGAUGUUAAAACUGAUGUGCUUAUGAGUCGUGUUGCCCUGACUUAAAAGAACAAUGAUGAAUGAUUGUACCUUCCUCAGUUAAAAAAUUGAGGGUUUUCUUUGUUUUGUUGUGUGGUUUUUUUAGUUUGUUUUUUUUUUGUUUGGUUGUUUUUUUUGUUUUGUUGGGGUUUUUUGUGGUGAGGUCUUCUAUUCGCUGAUCAAACGAGGAAGAACUGAACCGUUACGCUGACCAUUGCACUGGAUCAGAUUUUCCUGCUCAUUGAAGUCCCAAUCCAGGAAAGCGUUUAAACUCAACCUAAAUCAUGUGCAGAUGUACUAUUCGUGAGCUAAUAAUGAAACACCUGCCCAGGAGUGUGGCUUAGGUAGAGUUUUGUCGUUGACUUCAAAAAGAGCCAGCUCAGAAACAUUGUGUAUAAUACGUAGAGCCCGGUGAUUGUUUUGGGAUUAUGCAGUUGAGUGUAGGUUCACCAGCAUCAAUUAAGGUUGCACAAUCUGGACCUUCCUGUAGAAAUUGUUCGUAAGUGUUUUACAUAUAUGGUGCAAUAUGUAGGCAUAAUAGUGUGAGUGAAGAAUGCAGAAGUUGGAAAAACACUAUAUUUCUGUGAAACUGUUACUUUGAAUGACAACCUUAAUAUCAGUUUAUUCCCUCCAUGUUUUGAAACAGUGUAUGUGUCUGCACAGCAGUUUUAGUGUAAUGUCCAUUCAAAUCUAUGGCCAGUCUGUCUGGGAAGGUGGCUCUUCGGAUGUGGCUUAACAAAUCUACCUGUUUGUUAUAUUGGUUUGAGUGGCCAUGCUUGUAAAAUGGCUGUUAAGACCCAUAGACGUAAACUAAAUCAGUGAAGGUGUUAACAUAAUCUGUUGUCCUCAUUGUAUUAUAAAGGAGUUUCCAUUUUUAAAUAAAAUCAAUAAAGUGUUAUUGUUUCCUUGAAAAAGAAAAAAUUUGUGCAGUUUUAUCAGAAAGCAAUUACCAUGGCGCAAGAACACAAGACCAUUAGAUGAUUUCUGGUUUGCAUUUAGUGUUAAUCAGAUUGACAAUAGUAUAGAAAUCUAGUAUAAAAAUCUUUUUUAAAUUCUUUUUUUUGAAAAAAGCCAUAAUGAUGAUACAAAUUAUAAAAGGCAUGGCCUUGUGAAUAAUGUUAAAAAAUGUUUCAGAAGCAACAAAACACGUCCAGAACUUGAUGGUGAUAUAAUAUCUAUAAUAUCUUUUGCAUGAUUUGUACAUUGAUACUGUAUGAAAUGAGCACAGUGAGAUUUUUUUUUUUUUUUUGGUUGCAUCCAAAGAGUUGGGAAGGAAAUAUAACAAGAAUGUAUUUAUAAUCACUCUAUUUUGAAAUAAAGAAACAAAAUGUAUUGGUUUUACCCUGUUUCGAUCAUUACUAUUCUAGGUUAGUUUAUAAUUAAGAUAGUUACUUUUAACUUCUAGUCUGAUGUAAACCGCAGAAGCUAUUGUCUGUGAAUUUUGUUUGCCUUCAGCAACAUCAAAAUAUUAGCCAGCUUUGACUUAAAAAUUUGUAUGAAGUAUUAAUAGCAUUGUUUGGUAUUUCUGAAACUAGACUUUGUGAAGUGCCUGUAAUAUUCUCUUUCAGAUCAUGUGUAUAUGGAUGGAAGAGAAUCUAUAAAGUUGUUAAACAGUAAUGUUUUCUAAUCACCUUGACAAUUUAUUAUUUUUAUGAAAGUUUUUCCCAUCUUCUGUUGUCUAACAAAUCCUCCUUGCUUCUAUUAUACAAAUAGUCCCUCCAAAGUCAGUGAAUUUUUUUGCAUUAGUAACACAAGCAGAAUUUAGGUUUUAGUGGGAUUCUGAAAUCUUUGACACAGAAGUGCUCAGAGGAAAAAGCACGUAAUGCCAGGGCCAUUUGUUUUGAUUCUGCUCCCUUCUCAUUAAUCAUUUUGGAUAAGACCGUUUUUCAGAGGAAAAACAAGUUGGUUUGUCCUUAGCAAAAAGAAAAAUAUCAAUACAUAUACCAUUGAAAUUGGUUAGGUUAGUUUUAUAAAUGAAAGGUGAAAAGAUGUCUUUAGGCAGUUUAACUUCCAAAUUGAGCCUCCUAAAAAUCUUCAGGAAGGGCUGAAGAGCAGGAACAGAAUUACAUCUAGAUUGAACAUUCCCUCUUGUGUAGGAUUUAACAUGCGUUAUAAUGGUGGUGAAUGAGAAUCAGAAUGUGAUACGGACUAGAAAAUCAGGACUUGAUAGGGAUUUUUUUCACCGCCAGUUGCAGUGUAACAUUAGAAGCAAACCCACAGCAUUAAUUGAAAAAGACCUACUUAUAUAUUCCAUAGAAUUUCUUUCUAAAGGCAAACUUGAAAAUCAAGAACAAGUAUUCAUGGUUUGGAAAGAAUACGUGUGCACUGAUUUCCUGAAUGUAGAGGAACUUCUCAGUUUUUGUUAAUAUCUUUUUUCCAUUAUUUAGUCUUUAUUUAUAAUUGCAAUUCAUUCAUCCUUAUGUAUUCUAAUUGAUGCCACGUUGAAAAAUAAAAACAGGAAUGUUAAUGCUCAGGGACAAACUCGUCUCAGAAAUUGUAAACCCAGACUAAGUCAACAGAUUUCAGUUGGAAUCAAAUCAGCCUUACCCUAGUGAACACAAAAGCAGAAAUCUACUAUAUUUGGUGAGGAGCUGAUCUAUCUGUCGUUGAAAUAAAAAAUAAGCUAAGUCAUUUUUUACUUGAAUAAAAUAUAAUCUUGCUUUUUUCUCUAUUGGUUUGUGUGGUAAAGCUGUUACUAGUUUCAGUAACCAUAGGUCAGAAUAUAGGGUAGGUGCAGUCCCGCGUCCGUCUGAUGUCAGUGGAACUCUACAAUGAUUCAAGAGCUGUGGGCAUCCUGGAGAUGUACUACGGAUACAAAACUAUUUAAAUUUGCUGUUUUAAUGCAUAGACUUGGGAUAUAUACAUUACAUAAAAUAAAAAUGCUAUUUUAACAAUAUAAUAUAUUUUCUCCCUAUAAUGGAACAAACUCACCCUGGUUGUCUUUCUCAUUAAGUAGGAAUUUUAUUGCAAGUAUCUUUAUUUUACUGUUGAUUUUAUUCAUGUCCAUUAGUAAUACUCGAGAUAAUUUAUUUAUUGUCUGAAAACAGUACGUUUUGAGCAGUCUGUUACUUUUAAAACACCAGUCAUUAGUAACAGAGCGAGGCUGUAUUAUAUUGAUUUUUCAUUCUCUUGCUGUGAAUUUUUAUAGUCAUUUAACACUAAAUAAUUUCUUAAAAGCACAAAUAACAAUCAGAUAAGAAAAAGAGACCUAGCUGGUACUAAAUCUGAAUUUUUUGUAUGUGUGUAUAUGAAUGUAUAUAUACAUCUGUGUGUGUGUACGCGAAGGCUUAAAAUACUGUAAAUCACCUCUGAUGUAUACACAAGUGUUACAUCCUUGUCCUUUUGGUCUUUUUUUAACCAGAAAGCAAAAGUUGAUCUCUGUAUGGUUUAGUAGUCGUUUCGCAUACGUACAAUAACAAAGAAAUCUUCCUCAGUUUCCCUCAUCCACAAGCAUUUCAUUUUUUGAUUUACUUUCAUGUAAUUUCCUAGAAAGGCGUGCACUGUGACCUUCCAGGGCAUCCUUCCACUGCAUGCUCUCACUUCACCUUUCAGCGUGCCCGUCCCCUACAGCUGAAUGUUUGUCUAGACAUUGGUUAACAGCAGUUUCCAAAGAGGCAGAGGAGAAGGAUUUGUCAGUUUUCAAAAACUGGCUACAAAAGGCAAAUUGUAGGAGACUUUCCUGGAUGGUUUCUGAGUCAUGUCAUAUGUAUGAUCCGAAACAGAGAGGAGUAGGAGAGGGUUUAGGCUUCCAUUAGGAGGACUCAUGCUGGGGUUUUGAAGCUGGGCAAUCAUGGCUUUUCAUGACUGUAAAGCUUACGGUGUAAAGUAAAUGUGGUUCAGCCAAUUGACUCCUGACAAUCAGGCGGUGGGCUAAAUCCCGCAGACAUCUCCACCCGCUUCGCCAAGCUAGGUUUUGGUGUCACUGUUCACUGAAAGUCUAGGACAAAUUAUUUAGGUUAAAUCAAAUGUGAUACAUAUUUCUUAACGAGGCUUUUAACUGAGACGUGGAUGUAUUUGUGUGUACAUUGGAUGCCGUUUGGGUAUGGAGGUUAGUUCAUAUCUAAUGUUUGUUGAGCACUUUCUUUGGUAGAGUCUGUCUUCAUGAGAUGCAUUAGUGCUCACAUCUGAAUAUGAGCCACUGCACAGUAAGUACAUCUCAAUGAGCAGAGUCGCAAAGGGCAGAGUGUUUUGACAGAUUUUGAGCUCUUCACUGCAAGAAACUACAGGAAACGAUGUACCGUACAGCAGAUUUCCUUGCUCCCUGGCAGGAUUUCAUAGACUUUGCGAGUCCUUCUCGGCAGGGUAUUCUUCUUGUCGACAUGCCGCAAAUAAGACUCCAGGUCACCAGUCUGGUAUAUGUGCAGUCUGUUUGCUUAUACCCAAAAAUAAUUUUGUGGAAAAGGGUGUGAGAAGAACUUCCAUUUUUUUUCUGAAAAGCAAAAUGGGUAGAAUUUGAAUUUUUCAGGAUUGAAAAAGAAAAAUACAGGUAUUUUAAAGCAUGGUCACAUUGUUUGGUAAUACAUCCAUAUUUAGAAAGUAUUUUACUGAGAGAGAGAGAGCAAGUAGUUGGUUUUGUAUUUUUAGCAUGUAGCUUUUCAACUUGUUCCAUUCUUGGGUUAGAAUAUACCGUGGGAGCCAAGGAACUCACAUGUGCAGCUCAGGGCACAAUUCAGCUGCAAAGGUAUAGCCUAACUCUCUUGCUGCCUUUUGGGUGGUAGAAAUUAAAUGCAAGGUUUUGAAUGGUCCCUCUCUGUUUGCUUUAAUGGAAGGUAGGUCAGUUCGUGUUCUUCAGGACCAGUCUUUAAGCGACUGUUGAGGUGCGUCUGCCAUUUGAUGAAGUCAGCAACAAGAGUACAGGUGUCGUACAAGGGGUAAUGUCUUUGGAUGGGGUUAGCACUUUGAAAUAAUUGGGGUUCUUAUAGUUUCUUUCUUAAAUAUUGCCAUGUGGUUGCUCUGUUUUAUCCUCGUGGGGAUCUUUACUUUUGGGAUCAGUUCAAUAAAUU